AAGGUGCGUUGUGUUAGCACUAUCAUAUUUGUUUUUUAUUUUCCGAUUAUUAUCGUUAUCUUUUGCACGGUCUCGCAGUUUUCAGAAAGGGGGUUUUGUGCGCGUUCAGGUUUCUCGACUAAAAUGUUUCCAUCGCAUGGUUUUUACUAGAAUUGGAAUUUAAUGGAUCAUCAGGUUUAUUACCGGUUCGCACAAACGAAUGGGGUUCCCCAGGAAUCUAAACUAGCAAAUUACAUGAACAUUCAAAAUUCGAGUGGUAGUUUGCACCAGUCGUUCCAAAGCAAGUUGAGUAUCGAACCGAAAAAACCACUAACGAGUCCCCAAUGUGUUGGAGGGACAAGUCUGGUGUCCAGUGCUCCAGCUUCACCCAACAUUUUCAACUCUUUCACCCCAACGCUAGACCCUUCGCCCAUUCGAUGCGUUUCUGACCACCCAGAAAAUUCCAGUCAAUCAGCUUCACCCAAUCGCGUCAGCAGCUGUUCACCCAUGUCAGAUGUAAAUAACAUAGCUGUUGCGGCAUAUCAGGAAAAUGUGGGCGGGACAACGUACUUUUACCCAACCACCUCGGAAACUUGUCACGCCACUGAUGUUGCUGUCAAUAGCAACCUCACCUCGGACUACAAUGUGUACCCAGGCACCCCUAACCACAUCACUUCACUUAAGGCCAAGCAGGGCGCCUCGUUUUUCAUAUCAAAGGACCUCCAGAUGGAGCUGAUGAAUCGCAACGCCUUGACGCUCAUGCAGGCCAAUCAGCAGUACGCAGACCUGCCGCAAGUGGAGAACUACCACGAGUUGUGCCCCCUUGAACGCAUCCCGAGCAAUUCGCUUCAUAAGACCCAUUUGGGGUACCAAGCGUCCAUGUACAAAGCGAUUCAUACUAAAACCGGGACACCGUAUUGCUUGAGACGGCUGCAUGGAUUUCGUCUCCAAAACGCCAAGUGUAUGGUGGUGGUCGACUUGUGGAAAAAUCUGAAUCAUUCCAAUAUUGUACAGUUGCAAGAAGUCUUCACGACUAAGGCCUUUGGAGACAAUUCGUUAAUUUUCGUUUAUGAUUAUUAUCCCGGGUCGGAGACACUCUUAAGUAAGUAUUUUUCGUCCGAUCAGCCCGAUCCCUUCGCCCCCGACACCUCCCCUAGGCCGUACAGCCACCAGAAGAACAGUAUACUGCGGCACCAACAAAACAACAAACUUCCGGAAUUUCUGAUUUGGAACUACAUUAUUCAGCUCACUUCCGCCUUGCGUUUGAUACACUCGUCAGGUCUGGCCUGUAGGAGCCUUGACCCGACAAAAAUAAUUAUCACUUCGAAAAACCGAUUAAGAUUGAGUUGUUUGGGUGUGAUGGAUGUGGUUUUGAACGAAAACAGCGCAUCGGUGAAUCCCCUAGCCUUAGUCCAGCACUACCAACAAGAGGAUUUAACAGCUUUGGGCAAGUUAGUUUUAGCUUUAGCGUGCAAAUCGACGGUGGCUGUGCAAAGGGAGAACAUAUCCACAGCUGUGGACAUCAUCAGUCGUUCGUACACCAGCGAUCUUAGAAAUUUGAUUAUGUAUCUGUUAUCGCCACAACAGCGGAAAAGCAUCACGGACUUGAUGCCAAUGAUCGGUGCGAGGUUUUACACCCAAAUGGACAAUUUGCACAGCUAUAUCGAAGUGCUGGAGUACGAACUGUCGAAAGAGAUCGAAAAUGGGCGGCUUUUCAGACUUAUGGCCAAGUUGGGCACGAUUAACGAGCGACCUGAGUUGAAUAUGGAUGGUGCUUGGGCCGAGACCGGUGACCGAUACAUGCUCAAAUUAUUUAGGGAUUACGUUUUUCACCAAGUGACUGAGGAUGGCCGUCCUUGGGUCGAUAUGGCACAUAUAGUACAAUGUUUAAAUAAAUUGGACGCCGGUGUUCCUGAAAAGAUUUGUUUAAUGUCGCGCGACGAACAAAGCAUGUUGGUGGUGUCGUACGCCGAGUUGAAACAUUGCCUAGAACAAUCAUUUCAUGAAAUUCUAAAUGCUUCGCCCGUCAAAAAAGACCUCAUUGAGUGUGAAACCGAGAAGAAAGUGUGAAACCGUAAAAUGUUUGCAAUAAUUUUGCUUGGUGAAUUCGAAGGUUUUAUUUUUUUAUAUUAUUGUGAACAUUUCAAACAUCAAUCUUUUCCAUCAAGAAUUUUUAAGAAAUAUUUUUUCUAUGUUGUAUUUAUUUAUAAGAGUAAAAUAAAAGGAAAAUUGUGGA